CAUCUCUCCUUUCUCCUCCUGGUAGCUAGCUUCGAGGUGGAUUUUACGGGGAGGGGGGAGGGAGGCUGGGGCGGCAACCUCACAGCAACCAUUGCCCUGGCAUGGGUGCAAAAACACUGGGUGUACGCAUCACAGGCGCUGGCGCGGGCGCGCGAGACAUGCUUCCCUCGAGCUUCCCUGUUUUUUUUUCCCUCUCUAUUUGUUCUUCUUUUUUUUUCUUCUUGAAUUCCCCCUUUCUUCUCUCCUAUCAAGUAAAUACUUUGAGUACUCUUGUCAUUAUUCUGAUCCCAUUGCUGUUGCGAAGGCCAUAAUUCGAGUUUCUUCGUCCCGACUUGCGACUGAGACAAGCCAAUCGACUCGCUGACGUCACUCGGAAGUUAUGCCUUCUGAUGAACCCGAGAAAGGAGACAAAGUCUCAUGGAACUGGGGUGGAGGCGCACCAGGAGGCACAGUAGCCGAGAAGAAACACGAAGGAGAGGUCUCCAUCACGUCCAAGCGUGGCAACAAGAUCAAGAAGAAUGCGGAACCAAACAACCCGGCUGUCAAGGUCGAGCGAUCGGGAAAUAACGUGGUCAAGAAGGCGUCCGAACUGAAUGUCGAAUCCAAGGCGAACGGGUCAGGCGGUGGUGCCGGCGGCGGCGGCGGCGGCAAAGACGAGGACAAGGACAAAAAGGCCGGAGACAAGAGGAAACACGACGAGGCCGAAAAGAACGGCGACAACAAGAACAAAAACAAGGACGGCGGUCUUGAUGAGAACGCCGAGGGCAAGACUGUCCGGCCCGGCGGCAAGACAGAUAAUGCCGCAAAGAAACAGAAGAAGGAUGACGGUGACAAGACAAAGGCUGGACGGCCCAAGAAAGGGGAGGGUGCGGCUUCAAAGUCCAAAAAGGACCCUACACCUCGGUCCACCGAGGGUGUUGGGUCGCGGACAAGGAGCCAGAAGAAGUAAUGGGACAUGGGUUUCUGGUCGAUACCUGUAGGAUCUUGUCUCGUUUUCCUGUAUUAGUUACCCGUGAUAUGCUCUGUUUCCUCCACAUUCGUGUAUGGGCGAGGAUGGACUCUCCAUCGUUUCGAUAGCAAGCAUCUCCCAAGGAGACCUUGUACAUGAUCGUCCUCCCGUGAAC